AUGUGAGCGGUUGAUGAAAUCGGUAGGGGCGAUGGAGACAGUGGGGUCACGGGGAGAAAGUCACUUCAUUUUCAUUCAGACCAUGCUCUUAAGAGAAUAAGGCUGCGGCCACGAUGAACCAACUCAAAUGUGCGUGUGCGAUAAGUAUAAAUUGUGAGCACUGGAGCAAUGUAAAAGUAAGCGCGGGGCGCCUGGAGCGGAGCAAGAGCGGCCAGCCCAGCCUGUAAAAGGGAGGGUCCCAGGUCGCCGGCGGAAUCGCUGGCGAUGCUCAGUGCCCCCGAGUAACUGCGCAUUUGGCACAUGUGCACGCCACCAUUCUUGGCUUUCUGAAGUGAUCGAAAACCAAUUCGGCGGCCCACGUGAAAGGAAUAAAGCAAAAUGGCAGGCACUCAGACAGUCACGGGUUUGAAUGGAAUCACACCUGUCCAGCAAAUGAUGGCAUCGUGUUCUGGUGCAUUUAUGACUUCAGUGAUUGUUACUCCAUUUGACGUAGUGAAAAUACGACUACAAGCACAGAGGACUCCAUUUUAUAAAGGUAAAUGCUUUCUGUACUGCAAUGGCCUGAUGGACCAUUUGUGUGUCUGCGAGAAUGGAAAUGCCAGUGCUUGGUAUAAAGCUCCUGGACAAUUUAGAGGGACGGUGGAUGCGUUUAUUCAAAUUGUUCGUAAUGAGGGUUUAAAGUCACUCUGGAGUGGACUUCCUCCAACAUUAAUAAUGGCAGUGCCUGCUACUGUUAUUUAUUUCACUUGUUAUGAUCAAUUGCGCAACUUCAUGAAGUACCGUCUAAGAUAUGAUGGCAACUAUGUUCCAUUGAUAGCCGGUGCCACAGCACGAGUGGGUGCAGUUACUGUCAUAAGCCCAUUGGAACUAAUCAGAACGAAGAGUCAGUCUCGUAGGCUGACAUAUAGAGAACUGAGGAAUGUUAUUCAGACUGCAGUAACACAAAAUGGUUGGCUGUCUCUCUGGAGAGGCUGGGGUCCCACAGUGCUUCGAGAUGUGCCAUUCUCAGCAAUUUACUGGUUUAACUAUGAACUGAUGAAGAAACAGUUAUGCAAGAAGUACAAUGUCAGUGAACCUACGUUAACGGUCAGUUUUUCCUCAGGAGCAUCAUCAGGCGCAAUUGCAGCUGUAUUGACUUUGCCAUUUGAUGUUGUGAAAACUCGCAGACAGAUUGAAAUUGGAGAGCUGGACAUGAUGCAGUCACAAAAGAAAUUAUCCUCCACCUGGAAAAUAAUGGAAAGAAUUGUUAGUCAAUCUGGAUUUAGAGGUUUAUUUGUUGGUUUGUUACCUCGAUUAAUGAAGGUAGCACCAGCUUGUGCAAUUAUGAUCAGUUCCUAUGAAUAUGGCAAAUCCUUUUUUCGUAAAAUAAACAAAGAGCGGGAGAGAAAAAGGGCUACAAGUCAGGCAUUGGCUAAGAAAAUACAUACAAGUUGAGCCUGAGGAAGAAACUAAACAUGGCAACUCCUUUCUUGCCAAACUUGUGGACAAAAAACCUCAAACGUGGCCUACCCAUUAUUAGAGGUGAAGCCUUGGAACAUCAAGCUACUUGUGAAUGGACACGAAUAUUAUCAGUGGGAUAUUUACAAGUUCAGUUUCCAGUGCAUAAAGUUGCUGAAAUCUGUGCCUCAAAAGUCAGUGUUUUACUGCCGAGUUAUGAUAAAGAUAUGGGAAUAAUGAGUAUUUUUAAACAUAAGAUUUAUCUGUUUAGUAUUGUGAAUAUGGUAGGAUUAUACGUGCAAAGCUUAAAACUCUUAAGAUGGUAAAGAAGUGAAUGGUGAAGUUGUAUCACAUCAUCAUUAGAUAUCCAAAAAACAGCUGUAGAAAUUGAAAGUGCAAUACCAAUUUAGAAAAAGUAAUGAAACUUGAAAUAAUUUGCAAACUAUAUCAAUCAGCUAAUUAUUCCUAAGUCCUUAACAAACCACAUACAUAAUGUUAUUUUUCUUUGACACAUUAAACAUUAUCCUGCUGAAAGAUGUGUAACAACGAAAUCUCUGCUAGUGCAAAUAAUAAACACAAGACAGGCUGGUCAGAUUGUUAUGUUUAUCUGAACACCUAAUUUAUUGUAAUGAAGAUUAUUUCUUGUAAAUAGUUGAGUAAAUCUUAAAUUUGUGGAAUUCUGUUUGUGGGAAUGUUUUUCUCAAUUUGGAUGUCAAAUAAAUGAGCAGUGCACAUACUA